CCGGACUGGAUCUAGCUGCUACCAGGUGUCACAUUUAUAACAUCAGACUCAGUCACUGACAAAGAACAAGAUGAACAAAUACAGGAAGCAGAUAGCAGAGCAGUUCCUGAGUCAGGCCCUGGGCAUCAUCUGCCUGCUGACAGGAGAGGAAUACACCAUUGUGAAGAAGAGGCUCUCCCACAGCAGCGUUCAACAGCUGAGCGGAGAGGUGCCUAUAAAGUGUGAUGAUGUUGCUGUGUAUUUCUCUAUGGAGGAGUGGGGGUUUAUAGAGGGACACAAGGAGCUUUACAAGGACGUCAUGAUGGAGACUCACCAAGCACUAAGGACUAUGGAGACCCCAGGAAAUGAGCGCUCAGAACUAACAAGUCACAGAGAUGAAAAUCUAGACACAGGAGCACAUAGAGAACUGGUACAGAAUAUUCAGCCAGUGGAGUCCCCAUCAGACGUCUCUGCAGAACUAACAGGUCACAGUGUCCUAGACACAGGAUCACAUGGGGACCUUGUACAGAAUAUUCAGCCAUCAGAUGUCUCUGCAAGUGAGAAAGAUGCUAAAAUUGUAUGUAACACGGAACAAACAGAAGAUCAGGGGCUAGCAAAUAUGCCAGAAGCUGCAAAGCAGGAAAUAUGUGACAAUAUAAGUACAGGUGAAAACGAUGCUACGAUUUCAUGUAACAUGGAACAAACAGAAGAUCAGUGGCUAAGAAAUGCAGAACCAUCAGAGCAGCAAAUUUGUGCCAAUAUAAGUACAGGUGAAUUCACAAACAACAAUAAUCCUAGCCAUGAUCAGAGUGCAGAUGCAUUUUUACAUCUUCAAAAUCAAAGAAGCCACAUGGGAAAUUUAUGUUCUGAAUGUGGGAAAUGUUUUGUUAAGAAAUCACAUCUUCUUAAACAUCUAAAAAUUCAUACAGGAGAAAAGCUAUUUUCUUGUCCUAUAUGUAGGAAAUGUUUUAACCGUAAAAACAUUUUUGUUGCUCAUCAGAAAAUUCAUACAGGAGAAAAAGGAUUUUCAUGUUCUGACUGUGGGAAAUGUUUUACUCAAAAAUCAGAUCUUAUUCGUCAUCAGAAAAUUCAUACAGGGGAGAAAGGAUUUUCAUGUUCUGUCUGUGGGAAAUGUUUUACUCUGAAACUAACUCUUAUUAGGCAUCAGAAAAUUCAUACAGGUGAGAAAGGAUUUUCAUGUUCUGACUGUGAGAAAUGUUUUAAUCAGAAAUCAAAUCUCAUUACGCAUCAGAAAAUUCAUACAGGGGAGAAAGCAUUUUCAUGUUCUGACUGUGGGAAAUGCUUUAAUCAAAAAUCACAUCUUGUUAGGCAUCAGAAAAUUCAUACAGGGGGGAAAGGAUUUUCAUGUUCUGACUGUGGGAAAUGCUUUACUCAAAAAUCAUAUCUUAUAAAGCAUCAGAAAAUUCAUACAGGCGGGGAAGGAUUUUCAUGUUCUGACUGUGGAAAAUGCUUUACUCAGAAAUCAUAUCUUAUAAGGCAUCAGAAAAUUCAUACAGGAGAGAAAGGAUUUUCAUGUUCUGACUGUGGAAAAUGUUUUACUCUGAAACCAACUCUUAUUAGGCAUCUAAAAACUCAUUAAAAUAAUUCAGAGUUUAACCUCCUAAGUGCAGGGGUUGGCAUGUAGUUGUCACCCACACAAUACCAAGUGCUGAUGAUGACUGCAUGUGACCCCCUGAGGCGCACAGUUUUAGAGCUAUUUGAGGGACCUUCUACAUCUCAAGUGUUUGAGGUGACCCCAGGGUGGAUUUGAUUUAAAUCAAAAUGAUUUAAAUCACUUGUCUGUAAGACUGAUUUAAAUCAUGGUUUUUAUUUUUAGAAUAAUAUCUUUUCAGAAUAUAUUUUUUCCAGUUAUACCAGACCAUUACUAAAUUGGUUAUUAGAUAUGCAUAGAUAGAUCAUUUAAAUAAUUAAAAUUAUUUAGAGGUGAACGAUCUCCAGUUUAAUUGGUUAAUAAUUCAUAUUUGAUCAACUUUUCACCUGUACUUUAUUGGAUGGGUUAAAAUGAUUAAAUUAAUAAUAAUAAUAGAAAUAGUUUCAUUUUACUAAAACAAUACCAUUAUUUUUCAUUUUUAAUGCUUGUCCUCCCUCCUCACAUUUAGGUCCUUGUGCAGAUCUAUUCCACUCCAAACAAUCUUCUAUUCAGUAAACUUCUUGAAACUUGAUUUGCAGGGGAGCAAGGGCAUUAAAGGAAAGUAAUGUCAAAAUUAAAGUUUCAUGAUUCAGAAAAAACAUGCAAUUUUUAACAAUAUUCCAUUUUACAUCUCUUAUCUAAUUUGCUAUGUUCUUUAAGUAUUGAUGAAAAGCCUGCAUAUGUAGGCUCACUCAGAUGCAAUGCACUACUGUGAGCUAGCUACUUGUCACUGUCUCAGCCAAUGUAUUCAGAUAUGCCCCAGUAGAGUAUUGCUCUCCUUCAACAAAGGAUUCCAAGAGAAAGAAGCAAAUCUGAUAAUGGAAGUAAAUCUAAAAAUGAUAGUCUCUAUCUGAAACCCAAAAGUUAUCUUUCAUGAUUAUGUCCCUUUAAGGUCUAUUGAUCAACUCUGUAUGGUAUGUGAAAAAGGGGCAUGCUAUUUCUGCAGAUACAAAUUCACAGUUUAGAGAACUACAAAACCAAUAAUAUGUGAUAAUAUAUUAUCUUAUAUCGAUUGAAAAAUUGUCCAAAAUGAUCUGACAUAAACCUCAUGAAUAUAAUGAUAUUGUGAAUAGAUUAAUGGAAUUAAUUACCAAAAAAACAAAACAUUACAGUCAUGAAUGUACAGCAUCUUGCUAUAUAAUUAAAAACAAAUCUAUUUCAGGAUGAAUAACCUUUGGAAUAUAAUCUAUAUCUUAAAUAGCAACUAUCUUUAGAUAGAUUUUUCUUCAAAAAGCAUUUUGUUUAAAAAAAUAAUCCUAUUUAAAUAAAUACAAUUUUAUUUUAUUUUUUUUAAAAAACUUAUUUUUUAAUUAAAACAAACUGAUUUUUAUCCACCCUGUGUGAUCCAGUGUAUUUGCCAUACCUGGGUGUGGGGGGGGUCUAGUGUCCCUAUAUAGGUUUGAAUAGUCAAGUGAUCACCUGGUGCCCCAUGUUCAGAUCAAAGUUAUAAAUAUAACCAAAAGCUCAUUUCCUUUUGAAGUUCAAUUGAUAAUUUCUAUAGAAAAGCUCCAUGUUAUUUUUAAUUUCUGCUUAUUUUAGAAAUGUUACUUAAUACAACUAUAGACCCACAACAGUUUUGACUAUAGAGUUGAGAAAACACAUCUCACUGUAUUGUUUACAACCUUGUUUAUUUAAAUUGUAAUAAAAUGUACAUUUUUUCA